AACUUCCCGCGGGACGUCGCCGGAGGCAGUGGCCGUGUGCGCGCAGGAGCGAGCUGCCUGCGUGGGGGUGUGAGCGGACACCCGGGUCGCGUCCCGGAGGGAGCCGCGUCGCCCGCCGGCCUGCGACUGCUCUAAAGUAGCUACUUCCUGGUGGAGCCACUCUGCCAUGGUUAAAUACUUUAAAUGGGAAUAAAGGAUAGCAUUUCCAAGAAAAUGAGGAGGAAUGAAUCGUCUCUGUUUUUUAAAAGAAAGACCACAUUAAACUUAUAUAUUUGAAGACUGUAUCAUCCUGUCUCCAGUACAAGCAGGUUCUCUGUUCUGUGAUCAAUGUCAUUCACAGGAACUUAAGUAACAAACGAAAUGAGCCUGGGGCGUGGAAAAUAUGACUUUUAUAUCGGUCUGGGAUUGGCUAUGACCUCCAGCAUUUUCAUUGGAGGGAGUUUUAUUUUGAAAAAGAAAGGCCUUCUGCGACUUGCCAGGAAAGGCUCCAUGAGAGCAGGUCAAGGUGGCCAUGCAUAUCUUAAGGAGUGGUUGUGGUGGGCUGGACUGCUGUCAAUGGGAGCUGGCGAGGUGGCCAACUUUGCUGCAUAUGCAUUUGCUCCAGCCACACUAGUGACUCCACUAGGUGCACUCAGCGUCCUUGUAAGUGCCAUUCUUUCUUCAUACUUCCUAAAUGAAAGACUUAAUCUUCAUGGGAAAAUUGGAUGUUUGCUAAGUAUUCUAGGGUCUACAGUUAUGGUCAUUCAUGCUCCAAAGGAAGAGGAGAUUGAGACCUUAAAUGAAAUGUCACAUAAGUUAGGUGAUCCAGGUUUUGUGGUCUUUGCAACAUUUGUGGUCAUUGUGGCCUUGAUAUUCAUCUUUGUGGUGGGACCUCGACACGGACAAACAAACAUUCUUGUGUAUAUAACAAUCUGCUCUGUGAUUGGAGCAUUUUCAGUCUCCUGUGUGAAGGGUUUGGGCAUCACCAUCAAAGAGUUGUUGGCUGGAAAGCCUGUUCUGCAGCACCCCCUGGCCUGGAUUCUGCUGCUUAGCCUUGUGGUCUGUGUGAGCACACAAAUUAAUUACCUAAACCGAGCUCUGGACAUCUUCAACACUUCCAUAGUGACUCCAAUAUAUUAUGUGUUCUUUACAACUUCAGUUUUGACUUGUUCAGCUAUUCUUUUUAAAGAAUGGCAAGAUAUGCCUGUUGAUGAUGUCAUUGGGACCUUGAGUGGCUUCUUCACAAUCAUUGUGGGGAUAUUUUUGUUGCAUGCCUUUAAAGAUGUCAAUUUUAGUCUAGCAAAUCUGCCCGUAUCUCUUCGAAAAGAUGAAAAGGCAGUGAAUGGCAAUCUUUCUAAUAUGUAUGAAGUUCUUAAUAAUAAUGAGGAAGGCUUAUCCUGUGGAAUUGAACAUACCGGUGAAAAUAUCUCCCGUAGAAAUGGAAACCUGACAUCUUUUUAAGGAUAUGAUUGAAAAGUUAACCUGUAAUUCUGUUAUAAAGUGACUUUUGAGUACCAGAAUGUAUCUGAAAAAAUUGUCCUCAAAUAAUGUCCUCUAAAGACAAUCUUUUUUAAGUUUUCACUAAUUUGGAUCAAGAAAUUACUUUUCUUAUAUUUAAACAAUGGUAGCUCACUAAAAUGACCUCAGUACAUGGCUAAUUUCUAAUAUUGUAUAAAGGUAUUUUACAUUUUUAUUCAUUCUCCAGAAAUCUAAAUGCACUAAUGACAAGUUUAAGGCUAUAAAAAUGUUUUAUUUUUUUCAUUGGUGAUCAACAUUAAAAUGUGCAUUGUGACCCUAUCACAUCAAUCCCUCAUCAUACUAAGGCUUGCUGAUUAUAAAUGUGUGUGUAUGAGAUUCCAAGAAAAUAAUUCUCAGGUGGUGAUUUGUCACCCCAAUCUCGUUUCCUACGCACAUUUGAUGGCUUCCUUUUGGAAAACACCACUGUCAGUACUUGCUGUGUCCAUAGUGACUAGAGUUCUGUCAUCAUAUGUGAGCUCUUGGACCUUCCCAGUGUGUGUUCAUAAUG